AUGGCCAACAACGAGCGCACCUUCAUCGCCGUCAAGCCCGAUGGUGUUCAACGCGGCCUCGUGGGAAAGAUCAUUCAACGAUUCGAGGAUCGUGGAUACAAACUCGUCGCCCUCAAGCAGGUAACUCCCUCGAAGGACCAUCUCGAGGUUCACUAUCAAGACCUGAAGGGCAAGCCAUUCUUCCCAUCGCUCAUCAGCUACAUGCAAUCUGGCCCAGUUGUCGCAAUGGUCUGGCAAGGACUCGAUGCCGUCAAACAAGGACGCGUCAUGCUCGGUGCCACCAACCCACUUCAAUCUGCCCCAGGAACAAUCCGCGGUGACUUCUGUGUCCAGACUGGCCGAAACAUCUGCCACGGGUCCGACUCAGUCGACUCUGCUAACCGCGAGAUUGCCCACUGGUUCAAGACUGAGGAGAUCAACGACUACACCAGCGAUCAAAUCAACAAAUGGGUCUACGAA